AUGUCCACUAGACGAACGCCUUUGUCUAGCAACCCCAAUGUGGCCAAUUCGCCCUUGAGAGCUGCUUCUGCUCUGGCCCAGGCCAAGCAGAAACGCUCUCACGCCAAUAUCCAGCGAGAAGAGCUCUACGCCCAACCGCCGCCCUACAAAAAGCAGGCUGUCGAGAAUGCCGGGUCGCGUCAACUCCGGUCGCCGUCAAAGAUCACGAAGGCCUCACAGCUACCCCAGCGUGUGGGUCGACCCAUGACCAAAGAACGAUCCGUACAUCACGAUGACGCCAAUGUCGAGAGGAUCCGUCAAUGGCAGGCCGAAUACCGGGGGAGGUUCCCAAAGAUGGUCUUUUAUUUUGACAGUGUCCCCGAGGACCAGAGGGCUAAGCUUUCCAGACAUGCACAGUCUCUCGGAGCCAGGGACGAGCGAUUCUUCUCGAGUAGCAUCACCCACAUCGUGACCGCCCGCCCGAUACCAGCGCAAGAGGACGUGCAAGCGUCUGCACACGAUGUCGAGCCCGAAGAGCAACCCCAGACCAUCAAUCCGUCCCUUCUCGACCGGUCUACCGAUGCACGAAGGCGUCUCCUGCUGGAGACCACGUCGAGACGAGUCCACACCCAGCCACAAGACGACAGAACCAGGCGGACGCGGUCUGCCCAGAGUAACGAUGUCCUCCAUAAAGCCCGCGACAUGGGCAAGAAGAUCUGGUCCGUCGAGAAGUUUCAGAGGAUGCUGCAGUUUCUGUUGGAGCCAGAUCCGCAUGUUGUUGCGGCCUAUGGUGCUAAGGGCGAGCCUGCGAGGAACCUGGGGAGCAAGAAGGCAACGGAAGAACCUGGCUUGUUGCAGUUGCUGCAACACGAACGACUGAACGGCCCCUCUGAUGCCGUGACGAGCAGGGAGAUGAUCAACUUCAAGGGCCCGUACAUCUAUGUCUACGACAUUGAUGAGAAGCAGAAGCCCAUCAUGGUGCGGGAGUAUCCCAAGGUCAGCAACAAGUACGAUGGCGAAUGGCCCCAGUUCAGAACUGUGACAGACGGACGUUGUCCGUUUGUCGAGGAGCCAGAGCCAGUUGAACGCCCUAGCCGAAAGCCAUCGACGCAGCAGAAGGAGUCGAAAGAGCAGAAGGAGCGUGCUGCGGCAAAGCCCGUGGCCGAGGAACGUCAAUCUCUUCAACCCCCUGAAGUCCCUGCACCCAAAGCUGUCAUCGGCAAGCGCACGCUUUCGGAAAUGCAAGACGGGCAGAACAAGACUCGGGCUGCGAUGAAGCCUAUGGAUGUGUUCAACCCUCCCAAGGCCAUGGUUUCCAACCCCAUUGAUUUCGGACGGACGCAAAACGCCUUUACCGGCCGCACAGGUACUGGUCGUUUCUUUGCUGGCGAGCCUGUGGCUUCUGGAGUGCAGCCUUCCAAUAUCACCUCGGCCAUCCGCUCGCAGAUGAUCUCGUCCACGUCUGGUAUCAACGGUGCCAAGGCUGGUACUAGCAAGGAGGUGCAUGGCCUGCAGCGCAAGGUGUUGCAAAGGGGAGCCCCUGCACCCCAGGAUGCUAGCUCUCGACGACUUACUGAGAUGUCCUUGGAGGCGACCUCUACCAGGUCUACUAGCGUCUCCAGGACUACUAGUAGGCGAAUGGAGCUCAUUGAGGAGGAUCCUGACAAGCAGAGCUCUAAGCUUUCCAGGGCCAGCUCAAAGACGGCAGCGCCGCCUCCCAAGAGCAAGCGUGACCUGAAGCCAGGAUAUUGUGAGAAUUGCCAGGACAAGUUCAAGGAUUUCGAUGAGCACAUCCUUACUCGCAAACAUCGCAAGUUUGCCGAAAACAACGACAACUGGGCCGAGCUAGAUGACCUUCUCAGCCAACUGGGCCGAGCACCCAAAUAUUCCAAACACUCACACGGCGACAGCUACGCGGACGAGUCCUUGUAG